AUAGCGAAUGAACGAACUUAUUUGGCCUGGGUACGUACAAGUUUAUCCACCGUUUCUGUGGGAAUAGGUCUCACACAAUUAUUUCGCCUUGAAAAAUCAGCAACACCAGAUUCAGAUGAGCAACCGCUUCUGGUCACGGGUCAAAUGAUUGGGUUUCUCUUCAUCAUUAUCAGUAUGGUUUUCUUAAUUUUCGCUUUUCUACGAUUUUUUCAUGCACAAGUAGCCAUGAUGAAAGGAUUUUUCCCUGCGACCCGGUCUACAGUAAUGGCAGCGUCAUGCAUACUCUUCCUAACCAUGUUUGGUAUGCUUAUUAUAGUUGUUAAACAAUCAUGUUAG